AUGGCUCCUCCCAUCAUCAUCGGCUUUUCAGCCAAGGUCCCAACUCCCCAGGCCUAUCCGAGUCGUCCAGUGAGGCCGGCUAAGGGUCUGCCGCCUGAGGGGCCAGCUUUCGUUCGAUCUUCAAACUUGAAGGACCAAGGCAAGGCACGCAAGCAAGGCCCCAAUGACCAGCCCUCCAAGGGCAUGAGGUUGAUGCCGUGUGAUGCCGUGUCACCGGGUUGGCUGCAGGAGGUGGAUGAUGAAACCGAGGGACGCACAGCUGGACGCACAGUACGGAUCCAGAGCAUUGAGAGCAAAGCAAAGCAGCAGCAGGUGGAAGCAGCUUCUCCUUCCAUCCUUUCUGCCCCCCCCAACCUGAGCACCUUCACUCCAAAGCCUUUUCCAUUUCUGCUCUCCAAAAUUUCCUCCUCCAACUGGCAUGUGCCCCUGACAAAGGACGACGACAACGAACACUACAGCAUCUUGCUUCUACUUCACCUUCCUGCACCUAAAAGCGUCUCUAAUCUCGAGCCGAAAAUACCAACCCAUCUUUCCCUCCCACCUCCCGCCUCCUGCAUAACGACUAAACGAAACAUUUCUCGCCGCCUCCUUUUCUCUCUGCCCGCCAAACUUUUCAGCCUCAACCCGUAUCAACACAGCAUCAUCGUCCGCGACAGCGACUAUGCUGCAGGACUCGGCGUCCUCUUCAGCAAGUUGCAGCAAGGUGUCCAAGAAAACCGACAAGUCCUGACUGUCGCUCGAAUGCGUGCCGAAGCCGAGGAGAUUUACAGUCAGCGACUAGGAGAUAUUGCACCAAACGCAGACAAAAUCCAGGGUGGCUUCUCAAAAGAUGAUGGUGCCAGCGUUCGCAAGGCCUUCGAUGGUGUUCGGACUGAGAUGGAAGAGGGCGCCAAAAACCACAAGAAGAUUGCUCAGAACAUUCGGGACUUGGUCGUCAACCCUUUCUCGCGCUGGUGCGAUGCCCACGAGUCGCGCAUCCAGGACUCUCAGGAUGAGCUGCAAGCUCGCAUCAAGGCGCACGACAGGCAGGCCGAGUUGGUCAAGAAGCUGAGGAGCACCUACUUCAACAAGUGCCGACUGGUUGAGGAUAUCGAGGAGGAAACCAAGCUGGCCUUCCAGGACCCCGAGAACAGCCCGAAGAACAACAUUCCCGAGAUCAAGGUCUCCGAAAACAAGGAGCCCGAGCUUCACCCCCAAGAAGACGACGACGAGCCCAUCGAGAUCGGUGACGAGAUCUACCAGCCCGAGCAAGUCAAGAAGAUCCUGGCGCACAUGCUGAACACCAUCAAGCUCGGGGAGACCAAGGUGCCCAUUCUGGGAACCUACCAGAACACAUCGGCUGGCUCAGACAUUGUCGAGUACCUGCAGAGGCACAUGAACACGACGAGCGUCAGCUAUGCAGAGAGAAUUGGACAGGACCUCAUCUCGAACGGAUACUUGAGAUUGAUUGGCAACGUUGGCAGCACUUUCGCCAACAGCUCCAAGAUGUUCUACCAGUGGCGUCCCAAGGCUUUCAAACUGUCCGGUAUCCCCGAUAAGAAGUCGCCUCUUGGUCGCACAUUUUCCCUUCCUGCAUCCGAGUCGUCGGAUUCACCCGUGGUCGGAACCGUCAGCGAAUACCUCGCCAACUGGAACGUCCUUAACAACCAACACCCCAACGAGACCCCACCGGAGCGAUUGCGCCGUGAGGCCAGGGAAGCCGACGACAAGUACAAGGGUGGCGUGCGCAAGUUGGACGAGAUGCGCUGCGAUCUGGAGGAGACCAUCUUCAUUCACCUCCGCUUCCUGGAGCGCUGCGAGCUGGACCGUCUCAAGGCCAUCAAGACUGUUAUCCUGGACUUUUCCGGUACCAUCAGCAACGUCAUUCCAAGCAUGCAAUCUGCUGUGGACCACAUGAUGCUUUUCCAGGAGACCGUCCAGCCUCUAGGGGACCUCAGAUACCUACUAGAGAACUACCGGACCGGUAGCUUCAUUCCCAAGGUGGUGGUGUACGAGAACUACUACAAUAAGGUCGACGAGCAGACAUUCGGAGUGGAUCUCGAGGCAAGAGCGCGCGCGGAUAAGAAGCGAGUGCCUAUCAUUGUCACCACCAUUCUGACCUACCUCGAUAACCACUACCCUGACCUUGAAGGUGACGAGGCCAGAAGGAAUGUGUGGCUAGUCGAUGUUCCACUCCAGCAGAUUCACAAGCUCCGUGGCAAGCUGAAUGACGGCAAGCCCGCUGCGGCCGAAGUUUUUGAUGAGUUCGAUAUCCCAACUGUUGCGGCGCUGCUUAAGCUGUAUCUCCUUGAACUGCCUGGUAAGAAAAUCCCCACAGUUUUGCAGAAGCCAUGUACUAACAAUAUUAUAGACUCCCUCGUUUCCUCACACGUUUACGAGAUUGUCAGAACAAUCUACCAGACUCAAACCCAGGAAGACGAUUCUGCUCGCGUGCCUGUGCUGCAACAGACGCUUUCGCAAAUGCGUCUUACUAAUAUCGCAACACUCGACGCCUGUAUGAACCACUUCACCCGCCUAAUCGACCUUACCUCGGCUGAUGAGACUUACAUCGCGUCUUUGGCCACGGGCAUUGCGCCCUGCAUCUUGCGUCCUCGCACGGAAACCUCCUUGACUAUGGAAGAGAAGCAUGCUUACAGACUCGUUCGUGACCUAUUCAACAACAAAGACGCCAUCUUCAGCGAACUCAAGCGUAUGUCUACUGCUGGCCACGGCGGAUCGAUCAGAGACAACAAUCGCCCCCGCGCAAUCAGCACCGACGAGAGCAACCGGAGAGCCAACAUGGAAGAGCGGAAUAGAGCUCUGCUCGAGAAGGCCGCCGGCAGCCGUGGUCGCGCAACAAGCCCUGCGCCCAGCCCUCGUGGCCACAGACGUGACCGCAGCACGGGUGGCCCUGAGACUCGCUUCCCGAUCCAGACAAGCCCACCUGCGUCGGCAGUCGACCGUCACCGCUCUAGCUUGGGCAGCGUUGUUGGAGCCAAGAGAUCCAGUCUCGAGGUUCCCGGUAGCGAAACCAGCUCGCCAAAGGAGACGACAACCAAUGGAUCGGCGGCGGCGCCUGCGCCUGCAGCAGAGGGAGUCGCGGCCAGAAUCAAGGCUCUGGAAUCGCCUGUUGAGAAGCGUAACAGCCUGGGACGUAGCAGUGUUCGAUACUCUCUGGACCGACACGUGGCAGCCGCACCCAGCGCAGGAACAGACAGCGGCCCGUCGACUCCUCGCGAUUCCCUCACCGCGCCCCGCGGAGUGACGCUCGAGGACAAGCCCAUGGAUGACUGA